UCGAAAAAUUUGGAGGGGCACUUAGCAAAAUAAUUGUCGACUCUCUACCACCACGUAGUUCCAGCCCAAAACCCUUCCCAGAGAAAAAAUCCUCAGAAUAUGCAAGCCAGCAAUUUGAUGAAAGGCAGUACUUGUUUUGGGCCGAUGAAUUCGACAACAAUAUUGGCCCGAUGGCCACAAAUGGAGACGUUAUAGCAAGUGCAACAACGCCUACAUGGUUUCCACGAUACACAUGCUUAAGCAGAGCUAAAGAAACAACCAGAGACAAGCGCCCAAAACCAAUUUUAACAGCAGAAAAACCUCCAGUAGUAAAAGCUCAGGCAGCGGUUGAAACGCCUACCAAGACAUCAUUUUUAUCCCGUUUGCAAAGAGUAGUCAGUCCAAAAGCUAAAGUAUCGCCGGUCCAGGCUUCACCAGUAAGAGCCACACCAGCUCGAGCUACACCAACGAAUGUUCAAAAUCUAUCCCAAGAGAGAAAAAUCGACUAUUUUGACAGAAGAUUAUCUUCUGCUUUUCGCAGCUUGAAAUUGACGACGGCCAAACCGAAAGAACAGCCUGCGAUGGCCAAGCAGAAAGAUGUAACUGUUAGUCAAAAAUUAUCAAGUCCCAAUAGGAUUGCAGACAGAAGAAUCUCGUUGCAACCCCAACAAUUCACGGCAUACAUAAUAUUUAUUCAACUACUUCAACUAAACUGA